AUGUCGAACUAUGCGGAUAUCGUUGUGCUACGACAUAAGGAGACAGGUGCAGCUGCACGAGCUGCUACAGUAUCCUCUCGUCCAGUAAUCAAUGCUGGUGAUGGAGCUGGAGAGCAUCCAACUCAGGCUUUGCUGGAUGUGUACACAAUCCGCCAAGAGAUUGGCACUGUCAAUGGACUGACAAUUGCGAUGAUCGGCGAUUUGAAACAUGGACGAACGGUCCAUUCUCUGGCGAAAGCUCUGCUGCUGUUGUUGUUCAAGGAUGUUACACUCCACUAUGUCACCCCUACAGCGGAACUUGGCAUGCCAGAGUACGUGGUCAAUUAUGUGAAGAAUCGGGGUGGUGUUCAGAAAACUUUCACUUCUUUGGCUGAAGGUAUUCAAAAUGUAGAUGUAAUCUACGUGACAAGGAUUCAGAAGGAACGCUUCGCUAACGAGGAAGACUAUAACAAAGUGAAAGGAAGUUACGUACUCACAGCCAAAUUGUUGAAUGCUGCGGCACGUCCUCAAGAAUUCAACGGCAACGUUCUCGGACCCAACCGUAAUCUCCCAAUUGUGAUGCACCCACUGCCAAGAGUGGACGAAAUCAGUACAGAAUUGGAUCACGAUGACCGUGCAGCUUACUUCCGCCAAGCAAAGAAUGGAAUGUAUGUACGAAUGGCUUUGUUAGCGAUGAUACUCGGGAAGUCACCCAUAUAA